ACGGUUGUUGUGCUUGUGUUGCUAUUAUUUCCUGACUGAUAUAGAAGCACCUCUCUUUGCUGUCUUACAUCAUAUUGGUCCACAAGAAAUAAAUUAAAAGACUUGAGCUAGUGGUACUAGCUCAAGUCGACUAAUAAGCAGUGCCAGCUCUUUUGUCUGACUGCUGCGUUGCUUCAUAUCAGGGCACCGCAGGAAAUUAAUUACACAAAGUUUUAUGGCCUAGCCUUGUGACAGCAUUAUUUGUGUUGGACAAUGACACCUCAGCCUGGGUGAUGUACAAGACGCUGGGCAGGCAGGCGGAACAUGGCAAGGUGGGCGGCACCAACCCCAGCAGUGCCUUCACUGUCCAGGGUCGCACUGAACGCACCAUCACCAUCACUUACACUCCCACGGGCCGCUCCACACUGUUUGUGGCGCCGACACAGACCUUCAGCCACAUCCAUGCUAAGAGUGUGAUGUCCCUGGACGUGGCCGAGGGAGGCCUGGCUGUGUCUGUGUGCGCGGAGAACAAGCUGCUCGUGUGGGAGACUGAGACAGGACUGGUCAGGAGGACCCUGGAGGGGCACCUGUUUGAUGCCUACAGCUGCCGCCUCUUUCCCUCUGGCGUGGUGGUGCUGUCGGGUGGUGGGGACAUGCAGCUCAGGAUAUGGGACGCUGUGACGGGCCAGUGUCCUGUAGUGCUCAAAGGACACACGGGCGCUGUGCUGGACACCGCCAUUGUGGAGCGUGGCAGGAAUGUCAUUUCUGUUAGCAAAGACGGGAGUGCCAAGCUGUGGAACUGUGGUGCCGCAGCCUGUGUGGCGACGCUGCUCACCACUGAGUCUGUGUUGAACUGCUGUGCCAUUACUGAUGUUACUGGAAGCAUAGACUUGCCACCACCAGCAGAGCCUCCCAGUGAGCUGGAGUAUGGGACAGCUGGCAAGGUGCUGCUGGCCGGUGCUGAUGAUGGACAGGUGCAUCUGGUGAAUGUGGCUGGCCGGGCGGUACUGGCUGUGCUGCCCCUCGGCUCUCCUGUGCUGGCCGGCUGCUGGGCCACAGCAACCCUGGCCGUGCUGGGGCUGGCUGAUGGGCGGCUGGAGGUGGUCGAUGCACAGACACUGAACAGCCGGCCACUCUCACAUGACAGCGCCUCCUCUGUGGAAAGCAUUGUACCUCAUGCUGGUGGUGUCCUGGCUGGGCGACGGGAUGGCACCUGUCAGUUCUACAAGCUGGAUGGGUCGAGUUCAGCCCAGCUCACUGGCUCGGAUUGCGACCCAAUCUACAGGAUAGCAAUUAACUCCAGUCAUAUCUAUGCAGCCUGCAGGGACGGACAUGUUAGGAAAUACUGCAUCAGAGACCUGGGUGCUGUGUGAACGGUGUGUGUGUGUGUGUGUGUGUGUGUGUGUGUGUGUGUGUGUGUGUCAGAGCUGCACCUCCACACACUAUGCCUGUUACUCUUAAAAUGUACAUCUCUUUUACAUUUUUUUUUCAUUUUUUUUUUUUUUAACUAUAAUAUUUUCUAAUUUUGGUGUUGCUUCACUUUUUCCUAACAUCAACUUCUCUUAAAAUUUUGAAUGGUACACUUUGACAUUCAGUACAUACUGUCAAAAUUGUCACUUGAAGUUGGACUGCAUGAAGCCAUUGUUAAGUUAUUUUUAUUGUUGUUAAGUCAUUUGUGCCUUGUUGUCUUUCCCAAUCCUUCCUCCCUCUGUGGCACCCCUUGUCUUUCAUUGUCCUUUCUACAUUCUGCUCCUUUCCUUAUCUGUGCUUCACUUUCAUGUCUGCCAGUUAAUCAAAUAAUUUUCACUUAAUUCCUUCCUUUACCUGCUUCCCUGUCUUCUUUACUAAGAGCACCCUGUGAUCUCUCUAGUGUAGUAUAUAAGUUUACUAUAAUUCCUCCCUCUCCUUGCUCUUCCAUCUCUAAUCUUUCUUUCUUUAUAAUCUGGCAUAUUUGUUUCUAAUUUUUCCCCUUCUGUGCUCAUCCAUCAUAAGUAACAGUGCCAUAAGAUCUCGAGUUUGGCACAUGUCUGCUUUUAAUUUCUCUCUGUACCUCCAUCUCUAACAACAGUGCCAUAUAUCUCUAAUCUGGCACACUUGUAUACUCUAAUUCCUUCCUUUGUGUUCCUUCAUGUUCACUGACUGUGCCAUAUGAUCUAGUCUGGCACACGCUCUUUGUGGCAUUUCACUCAAUUUUUGCUGGUUCCACUCCCCAGGCUGGCACUCAACAUGGUGCCUGGUCUGUGGUGCCAGUGUCAGUCUCCCACCUGGUGUGUUCAUUCCACUGUGUUUGAGUGGCUUUUGAAUGUAUACUUACCUAACAUGUUCUCUUUGCUACACGUAUGGUGGCUGUGAAUACAUUAUAGAAUUUCUUGUACAUUUUCAAGGUCCAGUUAUUUUGGUGGAAUAAAAGGUCAAGGUCAUUCACAAGUUUUUGUCAUUGUUGCAAAAAAAAAAUAGUUGGUGUUGUGGGUGUACGAUGCAAGUUGUGUUUUCCUUGUCACUGCCAGCUUGGCCUUACUGAUGCACACUGUGCCAGACUCCCUGUAACAAAAGCAGGCAAUAAAGAGGCUAUGACCAUCUUCAACAUUUAUUCAUAAUUGUUCCAAAACUCACAUUCCCAUCAUGUAAGAACCUGGAGUUGUGGACAAGAUCUGUGGCAUCAUCUAAGUCAGAUCUUGCACUAAUACAUGAUGUCAACAGUAAUAAAUAACUUCCCUCCUCUGAACCAAA